AUGGUCACUAUGCAUCAUGGGUGGAAUUCUUUAACAUUUGUUUUUGCUUACAAUAUCAAAUAUCACAUCAAUGAAGAGACAGCAAAACCAAUCGAUGUUGACAAAACCACAUGGGAUCGUUUUAAUGCCCUUGUCAAAUACUGGAUCUAUAACACUAUCUCUCCUGAACUUGCCCACACAAUCAUGAAACCAGGUGCCUCAACCCUUGAUCUCUAUAAACACCUUCAAGAAAAUUUCCACAAUAAUCGAACCACUCGCGUUGUUUACCUUGAGGAACAAUCCAAUAAUACUUCCCUCUCUUCCUUCUCCAAUGUCAUAGAUUAUUAUGCUCGACUUAAAAACCUUGCAGAUCAACUGGAGAACGUUGGGCACCAUAUAUCCGAAACCAAGACGUCACAGAUUAUUGUGCUCGCCUCUCUUCCUUCUGCAAUGUCACAUAUUAUUGUCGCCACUAUUAUUCAAUAG